CUCCUGUUCUUCCACCUGCUGGCUGCUCCUGCCUCCCCUGCGCCCCAAACCCACCCGCCUCGCCGUCCCCGCAGGCCGCAGCCUGCUCUCGGCUCCCGCCGCCGUCUACCGCGUCCUGCGGCUGCGGUGUUGCGUCACCUCGGGUUCGCCUUAACUUCCACAAUCCUCGCCGUCCUGGUGCUCCGCCGCCCCUCCCUUUGUACUCGCGCUGGAGCUGCAGAUCCACCGCGACCUGGCGACCAAUUCCUCCUCCCGCUGAAGAAUUGGCGACCUUGGCCUCCGCCCCCGCGGCGCGGAGGAGUCAACUGUGGUAGCAACCACCGCGGAGGCUGCAAGCCUUCGGUAAGGGAGGAAAGUUGACUUGUUGGAAGCCGGUCCAGGGCCGCGAUGACGUCGACCGCCGCCGGCGCGUCGUCGUCGGCGGCGAAGAGCGAGUCCUACCUGCGGGCCGACAAGAUCGACCUCGAGAGCCUGGACAUCCAGCUGGAGAAGCAGCUGGCCAAGACCUGGGAGAAGCACAAGGGGUCGUACAACCAGGGGCCCAGGGAGGACUGGGAGAUCGACCUCGCCAAGCUCGAGAUUCGCUACGUCAUAGCGCAGGGCACCUACGGCACGGUGUAUCGCGGCACGUAUGAUGGGCAGGACGUCGCAGUAAAACUAUUGGAUUGGGGUGAAGAUGGCUUUGCGUCAGAAACUGAAACUGCCACACUGCGAGCAUCAUUUAAGCAGGAGGUUGCUGUCUGGCAUGAGCUCAACCAUCCGAAUGUUACAAAGUUUGUUGGUGCAUCAAUGGGUACUACAGACCUUAAGAUUCCAGCCAAUAGUUCUAACAGUGGUGGGCGCACUGAGCUGCCGCCAAGAGCAUGUUGUGUUGUGGUCGAAUAUCUCGCUGGAGGAUCACUGAAGCAGUAUUUAAUAAAGAACAGGCGAAGGAAGCUUGCAUACAAGGUUGUUGUUCAGAUAGCACUGGAUCUUGCCAGAGGAUUGAACUAUCUACAUUCAAGAAAGAUAGUACAUCGGGAUGUAAAAACUGAAAAUAUGCUGCUCGAUACACAGCGAAACCUUAAGAUUGCUGAUUUUGGUGUUGCUCGUGUUGAGGCUCAGAAUCCAAAGGACAUGACAGGCGCGACUGGGACACUUGGCUACAUGGCCCCAGAGGUGCUUGAAGGCAAGCCAUACAACAGAAAGUGUGAUGUCUACAGUUUUGGCAUAUGCUUAUGGGAAAUAUACUGCUGUGACAUGCCAUAUCCAGACCUCAGUUUUGCAGACGUCUCGUCCGCCGUCGUUCACCAGAACCUGCGGCCUGACAUCCCUCGCUGCUGCCCAAGCCCAAUGGCGAACAUCAUGCGGAAGUGCUGGGACGCAAACCCGGAUAAGCGCCCUGACAUGGACGACGUGGUGCGGUUCCUGGAGGCCCUCGACACGAGCAAGGGCGGUGGCAUGAUACCAGAAGGCCAGGCAGGCGGGUGCUUGUGUUUCUUCAGAGCCCGUGGUCCUUAGAACCAACCAACCCUUUCCAGCCAUCCUCUACUUGUCUCUGCCCUACUACAGUAUUGGAGCCAGAUGUAGGCCUUUGUUGUUCAUCGGAUAGGGGAUUGCAGAUAACUUGAUGACAAUCUUUGUGAUUGGUUGACACUUGUUAUACGUUCUAUAGUGAUGUGAAUACCAGUGAGGAGUCCAUAAUACAGAGUUAUUUCAACCAGUUCAUGGUUGCAUGCUCUUAAUGGUUUGUUUGUGGAAAUCACAUACUGGGCCAUCAUUGAUUAACUGGGAGAACAUAUGUGAUAC